GUGUGCAGCAAAAUGUCACGUGCGUUGUGCCAGAUUGCCGUGCAGCUGGACUACUACAUGUCUGCGCAGUUUGCAGGCAUUGCUCUUGCUUGCCGUCGAGGUAUUUAUGAGAAAGCUGGGCUGAAAGUCCACCUACUUCCCAGCUGCCCUCCCGGAGACGAAGCUGCUAAAGUCUGUGAAGGCUUCUCGAAAGACGCCUCGAAGUUGCAUGUGGGCAGCAUGGAGCAGAACACACUCAUCCCCGCCGCCGGCGGCACAGCGGGCGACCACAACGUCAAAGCGGUUGCUGCAAUGUUUGGCCGUUCCCCUCUGUGCUUGGCAGCUCUGCCAGAUGUGGGGCUGCGGAGCAGACUUCAUGAGAAUCCCCAUGGGCAUGGAUUGCGCAUUGCGGCACACUCGGAUACCAUUGACUUGCUGAAGCGGAUUCUUCCGGGAGCCGACGUCUUGGACGUGCCCCGAACCCAGAAGCUCAGCGAGCUCAGGGAGGGAGGUGUCGAUGCGGCACAGGCGUAUGACGUCACCGAGACCCUGCGACUGGGGCAGGAGUUGGGCUCGGAACCGGAGGUCAUACCACUCCAAGGCAUUGCCUUUCCAGGCGUGACCCUUGGCUACUCGCAAGUCCUCUUCGUGCCUUCGGAUGCCUUGGCGAUGCAUCGGGAGUCCCUGCAAACCUUCCUGAG